AUGUGUAUAGAAUUUAAUGACUCUUAUAUUCCAUUAACAAUGAUUAAAUAUGAUGAUAAUUUAGUUAUUGAUUAUUAUCUAACUAUCACUAAUUUAUUAAAGAAUGAUAUUUAUAUUAAACGCUCUGAAGAAACAAUGACUAUUAAAACUAAUACCUCUCAAUAUUUACAACUCAAAACGUAUCUUCAACUACAACCAACUUUAUUGUUUAGUUUAAAUCAAAAAUCUUGGUUUAUUAAAAUAAAUACUUCAUGCUCAAUUCAAAUACCAAAGAAUGAAGAUUAUCUUAAUUCAAUAAUAGUUCAAUUUAAAUGGAACAAAAAUAAUUUGUUAUAA